AUGAGACUUCUCCCUGCCACUUUGCUGGUGGGAGCUGCUUCGGCGGCUGUCCCACCCGUGCAGCAAGUCAUGAACGGCCUGUAUGAGCACAAGGAGGCCGUGGCUUCGGAAGCUGAGGAUAUCCUCUCGAAGCCCCUUCAGAAGCUCCAGGAUCAUUUGAAGACCCUCUCUAAUGAGGCUGGUGAAAUGUGGGAGGAGGUCUCCAACCUUUUCCCUCAUAUGGACCACAGUCCCAUGCUGUCGCUCCCCAAGAAGCACACCCGCCGACCGGAUUCCCACUGGGACCAGGUUGUUCGUGGCGCUGACUUGCAGAAGAUCUGGGUCGAAGGUACCGAUGGCGAGAAGCACCGCGAAGUUGGCGGAAAGCUCGAAGCCUAUGAUCUUCGUGUGAAGAAGGUCGACCCCAGCGCUCUGGGCAUUGACCCUGGUGUCAAACAGUACAGCGGUUAUCUGGAUGAUAACGAUAACGAUAAGCACUUGUUCUACUGGUUCUUCGAGUCUCGCAACGACCCUGCAAAUGACCCCGUUGUCCUUUGGCUGAACGGUGGUCCCGGUUGCUCUUCCCUGACUGGUCUGUUCGUGGAGCUUGGACCUAGCUCCAUCAACAAGAAGAUCGAAACCGUCUACAAUGAAUUUGCCUGGAACUCCAAUGCUUCCGUGAUCUUCCUGGACCAGCCCGUCAACGUUGGUUACUCCUACAGUGGCUCACCCGUCACCGACACUGUGGCCGCAGGCAAGGACGUUUACGCCCUUCUCUCCCUGUUCUUCAAGAACUUCCCCGAGUAUGCUAAGCAGGACUUCCACAUUGCUGGCGAGUCCUAUGCCGGCCACUACAUCCCUGUUUUUGCAUCGGAAAUUCUCUCUCACAAGGACCGCAAUAUCAACCUCAAGUCCGUGCUCAUUGGUAACGGUUUGACUGAUGGCCUAACCCAGUACGAGUACUACCGCCCAAUGGCCUGUGGUGAGGGUGGAUACCCAGCUGUUCUGGAUGAGAGCUCCUGCCGGUCUAUGGACAAUGCCCUUCCUCGUUGCCAGUCCAUGAUUGAGUCUUGCUACAACUCCGAGAGUGCAUGGAUCUGUGUCCCUGCCUCAAUCUACUGUAACAAUGUUAUGAUGGCCCCAUACCAGCAGACCGGCCAGAAUGUCUACGAUGUUCGCGGCAAGUGUGAGGACCCUAGCAACUUGUGCUACCCAGACAUGGGCUACGUGAGCGAGUACCUCAACCAGAAGAGUGUGCGCGAUGCCCUCGGUGCCGAGACCGAUGGCUACGAAAGCUGCAACAUGGACAUUAACCGUGACUUCCUCUUCCACGGUGACUGGAUGAAGCCCUACCACCGUCUUGUCCCUGGUAUUCUCGAGCAGAUCCCCGUCCUCAUCUAUGCCGGUGAUGCUGACUUCAUCUGCAACUGGCUUGGUAACAAGGCCUGGACCGAGGCUCUUGAGUGGCCUGGUCAGCAGGAGUACGCCUCCCUUGAGCUGGAGGAUCUUGUCAUUGAGCAGCAAGAGCACAAGGGCAAGAAGAUCGGUCAAAUCAAGUCCCACGGUAACUUCACCUUCAUGCGUCUGUAUGGCGCUGGCCACAUGGUUCCCAUGGACCAACCUGAGUCUAGCUUGGAGUUCUUCAACCGCUGGCUCGGUGGUGAGUGGUUCUAA